AUGGUGCAGGCAUUACCGGUACCAGACGCGGACCAAGCAGCCAACUUGAAACGAUCCCAAGCACAGCAUGAAGAAAAGGAAAACGCUGACUCGUUGUCCGAUUCGGGCAAGGACAAGGGCGAUAAUUCCAAGGAUGAUGAUGCAGAAGGCGGCAAAAAGGAAUCAUCCAAAAAGAAAAGCGGUACUGUAGAGUCCAGUCAGGUCAGUGAGGAAGAUCAGUUUUCACCUAGUUCCAUUACCAAACAGCUCCGAGAGUUUGGUUUGCCCAUUCAAUUCUUUGGAGAAAGUCACAAUCAACGAUUCCAACGGUUGAAGGAUGCCUUGGAACAGCAAAAGAAAUCCCUUGCUGGACAAUCUGAAAUGGAUGAAUUCCGAUUGGGCAAGGGUCAUGGAAUUCGCAACACGUUUUUGGGUCGCAAGGAGGAUCAAGGGCAGCAGCAACAGCAGCAGCAACAGCAGCACCAAAACAAGAAACGUAAACUGGAGGAGGAAAGGAAGGAAACAAAAGUGAAAGAAGCUGCUGCCGACAACGACGACCAAGAUGAUCCCCCGAAAGUGAUUUACAAGUUUUUCAAGACCUUGUUGAAACAGUGGGAACAGGACUUGACAGAGCGAUCUGACAUUGUGGCACGGAGUCUCGCUGGGCGGAACGAGUCUAGAACACUCAAACAGUGUAAGGAUUACAUUCGUCCGCUCUUUAAACUUUGCAAAUCUCGCAAACUUGGAGAAGGAAUUCAGGGACACUUGAUGAAGAUUGUUCAGUUUGCGAAAGAAGGAGAGUUUGUCAGGGCCAACGAUGCCUACAUUGACGUCAGUAUUGGAAGAGCUGCUUGGCCGAUUGGAGUGACAAUGGUGGGUAUCCACGCUCGUAGUGGCCGAGAGAAGAUUGGAGCUGCCAAUGUGGCCCACGUCAUGAAUAGUGAGUUGCAACGAAAGUACCUCACUUCGGUCAAGCGUUUGUUGACGUAUGCGCAAAAGAAGCGGCCAGAUGUGGACCCUUCCAAGAAGGUGUCGUAG